GCGAAUAAGCAGCAUCAUGCCUGAACCAGCAAAGUCCGCGCCUAAGAAGGGCUCCAAGAAGGCCGUCACGAAGACUGCCGGUAAAGGAGGAAAGAAGCGCAAGAGGUCCAGGAAGGAGAGUUACGCUAUCUACGUCUACAAAGUCUUGAAGCAGGUUCAUCCUGACACCGGUAUCUCUUCCAAGGCGAUGGGCAUCAUGAACUCUUUCGUCAACGACAUCUUCGAGCGCAUCGCCGGUGAGUCGUCUCGUCUCGCUCACUACAACAAGCGCUCCACCAUCACUUCUAGAGAGAUCCAGACCGCCGUGCGUCUACUGCUGCCUGGAGAGUUGGCCAAACACGCCGUGUCCGAGGGCACCAAGGCAGUGACCAAGUACACCAGUUCCAAGUAGAGA